UCUCCGAAGUGCCCGUCAGUGUCGGGAGCGGGAGCCAUGGCUACCACAGCUCAGUACAUGCCUCGGAAUAACUCCUUGCCUUCCAAUCCGCUCAUGCACCCGGAUUCGGACAGGAUGCACCAGGGGACGACUUACAGAGAGGUGCAGAAGAUGAUGCACCACGAGUACUUGCAGGGACUGGCGGCCACCAACAGUGGCCACCCGAUGAGCCUCACGCACCACCAGUGGCUGCCCACCUCCAGCACCGACUGGACCAGCGGGAGCCACAUCGGACAGCCCGAGCACAGCAAGUCCAGCGUGCAGGCGAGCAGGGAGGACCUGAGCGGCGGUUUCCACCACAGGUCGCACCUGGUCCACCAGCAGGCGCAGAACAGCCACCACGGCUCGUGGGCGCCCGCCACGAGCCACCACUUGUCACCGCUGUCCCCUGCCUCCAAUGGCCACCAGUCGCUAGUGUACUCGCAGCCGGGCUACACGAACCUCAACGCCAUGCUGAGCCCGCAGCCGUCCUCCCUGCACCACGGCAUGAGGGACGCGCUCCACGAGGACGCGGGUAGCCAUGACAACCAGAUGGAAUCCCCGCAGCAGCCCUUCGGCCACCAUCAGGACCACUCGGACGAAGACGCGCCCAGCUCCGACGACCUGGAGCAGUUCGCCAAGCAGUUCAAGCAGCGGCGGAUCAAGCUGGGCUUCACGCAGGCGGACGUGGGCUUGGCCCUGGGGACCCUCUACGGCAACGUGUUCUCGCAGACCACCAUCUGCAGGUUCGAGGCGCUGCAGCUCAGCUUCAAGAACAUGUGCAAGCUGAAGCCGCUGCUGAACAAGUGGCUGGAGGAGACAGACUCCAACACGGGCAGCCCCACCAACUUGGACAAGAUCGCCGCGCAGGGCAGGAAACGAAAGAAAAGGACCUCCAUCGAGGUGGGGGUGAAAGGGGCGCUUGAGAACCACUUCUUAAAGUGCCCCAAGCCCUCGGCGCACGAGAUCACCACCCUGGCUGGAACUCUGCAGCUGGAGAAGGAGGUGGUCCGGGUUUGGUUUUGCAACAGAAGACAGAAAGAGAAAAGGAUGACUCCGGUGGGGGUCCCUCACCCAAGCAUGGAGGAUGUAUAUUCACAGGCGGAGACGCCCCCGCUCCAUCACACGCUGCAGAGCCCCGUCCAGUGA